GGCCCAUAGGGGGCGCUCGGGCGCUGCCCUCCCUAGAUGUGGAGGGGAAACGUCAUUAUAUAUAUAUAUUUUAAAAGUAUUAUAAACGUCAGUUUUUAUGUAAUAGUAUGCGGCUACAUGUAAUAUGAAUUAAUAAAACACUUCUACAACUAGACUCUACCAAUUGUUUCUCAUUUAACAGUGCAUUUCCACCGACAGAACGUAUCAUUUCUCUUCUUCUACACUUGUGGGGCUGUGACUCAAGGAGCCCUACAAGUGUAGCGAAAUAACCAAUCAUACAAUGUUGCGAUGGAUUAUUAACAAAUAUUUGGCCAAUCAGCAUCGCCAAAAUGACUGGCUGUAGGGCUACUUGAAAAGUAGCCCCAAGCCGUAGCGUAGCAACAGUAACAUAGGUGACGUCACGUUACAUCGGUAGUGGUCAGUCAGGCAGUGACAGUGACAGUGAGGUAGAGAUGGCGGCGACGAUGACAGUUCAAGUUGAAGAGCAGCUUCCACAGAAUUCCAUGAGAUCUUUAUUGAGUUACCCUUUCUCGAGAAGGACUAUGGUGGAAAAAAUCCAUGUAAAGGAGCUGGGACCUGACAAGCCCGAAAUAAAAUUAACGCAGAGAGCCGAGCAAAAAUUGAAAUCCUACAACCGGACUUUUAGCAGGAGUUGGUUCCAGCGUAAGUCGUGGCUGACAGCCUGUGGGACAGCUAAUGCCCUUUUCUGUUUUCCCUGCAUUCUUUUUAAAAAUGACCGGAGUGAUUUAUCGUGGACACAGUCUGGACAGACAGACUUAAAACACCUCUCCGAACGUAUAAAGAAACAUGAAAGAUCAAGAGUUCAUAUGGAAAACUGUGUUAAACUGUCCGUGGUUGGAAAGAUUAGCAUAGCGGCGCAGCUAGAUGAUGGACACCGCAUUGCGGUAAGAAGGCACAAUGAAGAGGUAGAUCGAAACCGGCACAUUUUAUCAAAGCUCAUUGAGUGUAUUAAGUUUUGUGGUGCUUUUGAACUGGCCAUGCGGGGACAUGAUGAAACUGAUUUUUCAGACAAUCCGGGAAUUUUCAGAGGUCUAGUCGACUUGAUGGCAUCCAUUGAUCAGGACUUAAGGGAACAUCUUGAAAAUGCAACCGUUUUUAAAGGCACUUCCAAGACAGUUCAGAACCAGCUCCUGGACUGUAUGCUGGCUGUUCUGAGAGAACGGAUCAUGGAUGAAGUAAAGUCAGCUCAAUUUUUAGCCAUCCAAGCAGAUGAAACUACUGACAUUUCCACUCACUGUCAGUUGGUGUUGGUAUUAAGAUACAUCGAUGAACGCAACAAUAUACAAGAGCGUUUUUUUGAGUUUAUCAAGCUACCCAGCGCCUGUGCUGAAGCAAUAGCCAGUGCUUUAUUGGAGAGGCUGCAGACCAUACUUCCGGAGGGACAAGAAAAAAAGUUGAUAGCCCAGGCUUAUGAUGGAACUGCGGUAAUGAGGGGUGCCACGGGAGGAGUGCAGCGGAAGGUGCAGGACAUCUAUGCACACGCCCACUAUGUUCACUGUUAUGCCCAUCAAUUAAAUUUGGUUAUGCAACAAGCAACCUCUCAUAUCCCUAAAAUCAGUCAUUUCUUUUCCGACUUGGGGGGAUUUGCUUCUUUUUUUACAAAAUCGAGCAAGAGGACUGUUGUGCUUGAUGAAGUGGUGGCCCACCGACUUCCAAGUGCAUCAUCAACACGUUGGAACUUCAACAGUUGUGCUGUUAACACAGUAUAUGAGAACAAGGAUGAGCUGGUGAAGUGUUUUCAGACUAUCCGGAAUGGAGAAGCAUUUGAUGGCCCAACGAAAAGAGAAGCCGGCGGCUUUUUGAGAAUGCUAGAGGACGACACGUUCUGUUUUUUCCUUUCGUUGUUCCACAAGAUCAUGCCUCACGUAGACGUGUUGUACAACCAGCUGCAGAAAAAGAACAUCGAUUCUGUAUACAUCGCAGGAGUCACCCAGGCGUUCAUCAAUCGCAUGCAGGCUAUCAGGGAUGCUGUUCCCAAUCUGGCUGAUGAUGAGGAGUACAGGGGACCUGUUCAGGAGCCACCCUCAAAGAAAAGGAGAACAUUGGGAGAAGACACACAACACCGUUUGGCACUGGAGGUAUGUGAGACCAUAAUGAGACACGCCAAGGAGAGGUUUUCUUUCACCAAGCACCUCGUCAGUGCCACUCUGUUGAAAGGAGACUUGUUCCAACAACACAGCAGGAAGUUCCCAGAUUCAGCGCUGGAAACCACAGUGGAAGCCUACCCUUCACUGGAGAAGGCCAGACUUAAAACUGAAUUGUCUCUGAUCUAUAAUAACAAGGAGUUCCAGAGUUGCAGUGGUGCACUGGCUCUCUAUCAGGUUUUGAUGGAAAACAACCUUCAAGACACAUUCACAGAAACUGUACGUCUUCUGAAUAUCCUCAUCACCACACCAAUGACAACAUCAGAAUCAGAGAGGUGCUUCUCUACUUUAAACAGGAUAAAGACUUUCCUUAGAAACACUAUGGCACAAGAUCGGCUUAAUGCUCUAGCCAUGCUCUCCAUAGAGAAAAAACUGACACGGGACAUUCCUGAUUUUAACACAAGGGUCGUUGAGAAAUUUGCCACACAGAAAGACAGACGAGCAAAGUUCUUGUACAAAUAAGAACCCUUUCACUGUUUAUUUCAUUUAUUCUCUCUUUCUCCCUCACACACACACACACACACACACACACACACACACACACACACACACAUACAGAAAGAGAGAGAGACACACAUUUUGUCAUGUGUAAGUGUUUUAUCUUAUACUGUAUCUUGUAUCUUAUACUGUUCAUUUAAAAAAAAAGACUUAAAAUUGCUGUAAAUGGUUAACUGUAUGUGUAAAAUGCUAAAUCUGAGAAGGGAAUUAAAUGUUUAUUGUGGAA